CUUUCCCUGUAUUACAGACUUGCGACUGGUUUCAAGUUGCGAUGGAUUUAAAUCAAUCACAACUAAUAUAGACAGUGCCGGGAGUUUUGUUUUGAUCAAAAUGUUAAACAUUUAAUAGUUACGGUAAAUAGAAGGAGACAAAAUGCUAUCUUCAUCAGGGGAAGCCCCUUCUCGACAAUUAUGACGCAAUAGACCUCCCCGACCUCUUGUUGUCUCGAUGGAAUUUCACAGAUGAAUGAAACCUUUUCAUUGGCUCAGUUUUUAAAAACGGCCCCCCUUUGUAAUUUUUAAAACAGAUUUGCAGCAUCAAUGAGAAAAAUAAAAAACAUCCAUAUAUGAGUAAUGCAAUGGUGGGGUAACAUUUACCGGUUACCAUAGUAGCUAUGACGACUUCAAAAUUGAUUUGAAGUCAGAAAAAAUGAAUUCCAGCUACAUCUAAAAAAAAACGGAAGUGGCCCAUUGUUACAAAAAAACAACCUGUUAUUCUUAUAUCUACUGGGAAUGACUUUAUGAAGAGGUUAGUGACGAUUGUUUUUAAUUAAAAAAGCAAUUUGUCUAAAUUUAGAAUGCUACGUUCAGGUAAAUUCGGGUGUCGAUAACAAAAGAGAGUCCUUUACAAACGAGUAAACGUCGAUUGUCUUGAUAUUUAAUUAUGUGACAAAUCGAAAUGACAAGCAACCCCUGGUAAGGUGCCAAGAAACUGUCAGCCAGUAUCCACAUGCAAUGGAACUUGUUGUAUCAUGUUCAUUAUAGGCACGUUGAACCUCGAAAUCUUUGUUAUCACAUUCAUAUAAUUUCCUGAUGAAUUCUCAUAACAUCCUCUAUCGUUCCUUGUAUGUGUUAUUUUAACUUUUAUUGUGGUUGGCUGACCUUUCUUUUUUUCAAAAGUUUCAAUUCGUGGUACUUUACUGACUGCAUGCUCUAAAACCAAAUCUUUUCCUAAGCUUUCUCAUCGAGUCAACACGUCUAUUUGAGAGCGUCAUCUUUACACUUCCGAACUGGGAGCAAAUUUCUUCUAUCUUCAUUCCAACCUCCUGCAUCUCACUUGGAACAUUCACUUUCUCUGCAACUCACUCAGAGAAUAUUCACACAAUAUCGCUUGUGCUAGCCAAGUAUAGACCAGAAAAGUUAUUUCAUCAUGGCUCCAACAGCUCAAAGGGCUAAGAAAGGCUCCAAGAAAGCAGCCAAGGCCCCUCGGCCCAGCGGUGGCAAGAAGAGGAACAAGAAAAGGAAGGAGAGUUAUGCAAUCUACAUCUACAAAGUCCUCAAGCAGGUUCAUCCGAAUACCGGCAUCUCCAGUCGGGCCAUGGUCAUCAUGAACAGCUUCGUCAAGGACAUCUUCGAGCGAAUUGCCAGCGAAUCUUCCCGCCUCGCCAAGUACAACACGAAGUCAACCAUCACCUGGCGUGAGAUUCAGAGCGCCAUCCGCCUUAUUCUUACCGGAGAGUUGCUAAAGCACGCUGUGCGCGAAGGUUAUCACAGUUUCACGAUGAAACGUCGUAGCGAAUUAGUUAAUCCCUUUUAUGAUAAAGUAAGUUCAAGAAACAGCAGCGCACUUACAUCCCUAGUAUAGUAAUGUGAACUAUACCAUGAUAUCAUGUUACAUUAGUUCGUAGACAAAUAGAUCUACUCGUUCAAAGUCCUUUACAUGCAGACACUCUUUCAACAAACUAAAGAACAUGGCACACUAUUGGUAUAAUAUAAUAGGUCUCAAAGGUGCAAUCGAAUGAAUUGAAAACUAGUAUGUGGAACUAUAUUGUCCGUAAUAUAUUCGAAAAUUGUUUGAGAAACGACAUUUUGGCUGGUUUGAAGCAAAACACCUUACACCACACAAUUUGUGUUUCAACGAAAUGUGUUUCCUUUUACAAACGCGAACGUAGACAACUUAGCUUGAAUCUGAUUGCUGAAUUACAAAGUUGAUUGUUAUUGUUGCCUUGGUUUUGUUUUGUUCAUAAUGUUGCUAGUGAUGAGUGUGGUAUCGUGUCGUUUUCUGUGUACGAUGUAUAUACCUUUAAUCCAACGAUAAGUAUGUAAUUAUUAUACAAACCACCAAAUGGCCCUCGCAAAGGGAUUUAAGGUGUUGUUCAAAUAGUCCUCGAUAAUUCUGCAUUGAAAAUGUUAAUCACGUUAUUAAUAAUAUUAUUAUUAAUAUUCAUUAGGCCAAUCAUAAAAGCACAAUACAAAUAUAAUCAGGAUACAGGCUUAUUUGACCGCUGCUCUGUGUUUUAUAUUUUCUUUACAAAACAUUAGAUUGUAGCUCUAUCUAGUCAAUUUUGUAUAAACAGUCAAUGUGCUUUAGUAGAUUCACCUGUAAUCAAUUAGAUACCUGUUUUCAAGCUUUAACAUCCACAUAGACACGUUUUCAUAGUGGGUGUUGAGAUAUUAAAGUCUAAGAUGUUGUUAUAUUUUCAUGAAAAAGUACCAGAAAAUAUUGAUUAUGAUUUUUUUUCUUCAAAAACCAUCUGAUACUGUAUGCAGUUAUAGCAUGUGUACAGCCCUUGAAACCUGGUCAUACGGUAGCCCAUGGGUUAAUAUAGUCAAUCAGCAUAAUGCGAUAUGAGGAAGUUCACUCUACAAGCUAGAAACUCAGAUUGAACACGUAGCACAGACCAUGUAUAUAAUACUGAUCGAGGCCAUAGUGCAUUAAUGAUGUAUAGUCAGGAUACGGACUUUGAACCGAGAUUCUAAUGACAACAAUCAUCGUGGAAAAUAGGAAAAUGAAUAGAAAGAUAAAUCUUGACUGUACCCCGAGGCUGAGGUGUGCAUGGCGGUGAGGAUUCAUAAAUACGUUCUGAUAUACUGUGUGUGUAGUCUGUAGUCUCUCUCUCUCUCUCCUGCUCUUUCUCCCUUUGUCCCUCUUUUAUUUUCUCUCCGCUUCAGUAAUUUUCAUUUGUCAUCCUUCUUUCAAACAAUACGAGACUUUCAAAGUCAAAUGCGAAUACCCUGUAAUCUAGUAAAUAUAGUUCAUACGUCAUCGCCGUGAUAUUCAUCUAAUAUUCUGAUAACGUUUAUAAUUGUUCAUUUUCUUUACUUUUUUUUUACUUCAAUAGAGCAACGUACUUUGAUUCUUGAGUCGUUGCAGAUUAUUACGAUUUCUAAAGAAUGAUUUGCAUUAUACUCAUUAUAAUAAUUGGGCGCUUCACAAAUAUUGAAAUAUAGUUGUAAUAUAGUGGACCACUGUUAGCAUGAUAAUAAACUAGUCGCAUGAUCAAGGAAUUCUAAAUGAUGUAAUAGUCAAAUGAGUCGAGAUUAUCCCUUGGUGG